CCCCACAAGAAUAGACGAACACCAUGGCCGAACUGGAGAUUCCAGUCUUGCGGAUCGAGAAGCUGGGUUUCCAGCACGGCGACUCGGGCGCCAGCAUCGACCCCGCGUUUAUCAAAGAGAUGCGGAAAGCAUUGGAAACCGUCGGGUUUUUCUACCUAGAAGGGUUCGAUGUGGCGAAAGAACAGGGUGGGUUGGACUUGGAUUUAGAGAAGGUGUUGAAAAUAUGAAACUGGACAACCCUCCCUACCCCUCGUUUGUCAUGCGAAAUCCCAAAUCCAGAUGGCGCCUUGUGGCACUAUUUGCAUUACAGAUUUCGGGAACUACCGUGCCAGCACUACAUUCAGCGCGUGAACUUGUCAUGCACAGGCUCCACGUGUGAGUGUGUUGGUGCUUGUGAUGCUGUUCGUACUUACAAUACAAAUGAGGGGGAGGGUGGUUGUGCACUGUCAUAGAGAAUCGGGCACGAAUUUUUCGAGCAGAAAGGAGAAAACAGCAGCCAGCACCUGGAUUUGACCAUGGAAACCGUGUUUGAAAAAUUAGUCGAGGACAAGAACAUCAACAACGCGGAUGAUGAAACAACAGCAGGCAGCACUACAAAUUCCGAUAAAAAUUCCACAUCAAACAAAAGCAACUACCUCCCGAUCAAGCACUGGUGGGCGGGGCGCGGGUACCUGCCCGCGGAGCGCCAUACCUUUGCGCUGAACAAAGAGACAAAGGAGAUUGAGUCCGUUUCCUCCGAGGUUCUGACCCGGCAGGCAUUUGAUUUCGUCCGAGAAGUCCCGGAAGGGUUUUACGGAGACGGGUUUUUCGCACAGAUGAAAUUGAACAGCAAUAACGCAGAUGGUGGUACAACAACCACUGCGAAAGUAGAAGUACCGCUCCAAGUCGAGCAGGCGCGACGAGAUUUUCUCGAGAAGUACGUCUUAUCAAAUGCAAAUAUGUCUGGGUCUGGAAGGGUACAACUUGUGAUGCUACUUUUGGAAUCUACAUAAAAGCUGUAUUGCAUGAACAGCAAAAGAGGUGUAAUCUGUGCUACGCGGAGAGGGAAUUUCUCAUGCGGUAUGACAGCAUCAGAAACCCUCGCAAAAUAUCCCAUGCUAGGGCAUGCAUCACAGACCUCAUGGGCCAUGCAAAAUCUGCAUGACAAACUCCUGCACUCUUCCAGAUGACCCAGACAUUUUUGCAAUCCAUACGUCUACGCGAAGAACAAAAGCACGGAUGACACGGUGUCGGUUGAAUCAACGGUGAGUUUAACGGAGUAUUUGAACACCGAGUACUCCGAGGCGAUGAAACGGGUCGGCCGGAAACUGAUGACCGCCAUGGCGUUGGCCCUGGACGAGGCGCUGUGCGAAGACACCGGGGCGGAGGGGUCUACGCACUUCGUGAAAUUGCUGCACAAACUGACCACGACGAAUCACGGGGGAAGGGGUUUGGCAAAAGAAGAUGAAGUGGAUGUUCCAGCAGGACAAGAUCAAACGGACGGAGCAACCGCUUCUAGCGCAGUCCUACCACAGCUAACUUCCGACGACCAGAAGAGUACAACGGAUGUCGACAAUUUCCACAACAGCAAUAGUUUGACCACGUUGUCAACCGCUGCCUCCACUUCUGUCCCAACCUCGCCGGCAGUCGGGGUGCGGAUGAACCAUCAUGCCGGAUAUAAAAGUGCACAACUCCCCCUCCCCCUCAUUUGUCAUGCAAAAUAUCCAAUCCACCCUUUGCCUCUUGGCACAUUUUGCAUGACAAGUUCUGGUCGCCCAAAUAGCACUACACUCCAGUGCAAAUUUGUCAUGCAAAACCGGCGUUCUUGCUGAUGCUUUUAUUGCCGUUCAUGCUAUACAAAUGAGGGGGAGGGGGAGUUGUGCACUGUCAUACCGGAACAGCAUCAAACACAAAGAACGGGAAGACCGAUUUGAACGAUUUGUUGUACGAAAACCACGACCAAGCGCAUUCCUACUAUGGAUUGUAAAAAUGUCUGGGUCUGGAAGAUUGCAACUUCUCGUGCUAAAUCUGAAUCAUGCAGAAAUCUGUGUUGCAUGAGUGCUGAAAGGUGUCCACUUUCGACCAAGUUUGGAGGGAGUUUCUCAUGCAGGAUAGGCAUGGCAGAGACCUCACAGACUCUGUCAUGCUAGGUCCCGCAUUCCAGAUCCAGGCCUCACACGUCAUGGAAAACCUGCAUGACAAGUUUACACUCUUCCAGACCCAGACAUUUUUGCAUUUGAUACCUACUCCGUCCCGGCAACUUGGAUGACAGAAGCCUCUGACGCUUCCUGGUGGUAUAUCAAAAGGAAAAAUCGCCCCUCCCCAUAAUGAAAAGGUAUGCUUCUAGAAAUUUGUGAUGCCGAUUUGUGACCACAAAUCCUGUCUCUCUUGCAAGAGGGCAAACUCAGAGACUCCGCCACGAUAUGCGGGCGGUUUGUAAUGCUGCAAGGCCUUAAGGGUAGGCGUCUGCCAUGCUGGGCUCCUACACCAAGAGGCGCCCCCUUAGGAUCGCGAUCUGCGUGCAGUCCUUUACUGCAAGACAAAUGUGAUUUGUGUACUCAAAUACAGCAACACAGAUUUCCGUUUUGAUAUGGGGACGGGGGAUUUUUCUUUUCGAUAUGGUACCUCCGGGUGUUGCACUACAAGGGAAUCAUCCAGGACGACCCGAAUAAUUUCAAGGUUUCCAUGGCGCCCCACACGGAUUUCGGCUGGCUGACGUUGUUAAACCAGGACUCCACGGAAACGCCAGCACUACAAAUCCAGGACAUCCACAACAAUUGGCACGGAGUGGCACCGCGGAAGAACGCGAUCAUUGUGAACAUCGGGGACAUGAUGUCGGCUUGGAGCAAUAUCUUGUGUAAAAACGCCCCCAAGAACCCAUAGUUGUCAUGCAGAUCCACAUGCUUAAAAUAUCUCUCAUGCGGAGCCCCAUGAAAUCGCGUUUUCUAAUGCUGUUUUGAAAUUUGUGAUGCUCGAAUCAGGAUGAGCGACUAGAUGUGUGAUGCUGCUGUACUAGCUAAACACGAAUAAUACACUGCGGGCCUAAACUUGUCAUGCGCAAGAGCCAAAGCUUGUCGAUUUCUCUUGCAAAGUUCCCAACUUGAUGACUAGGGGGUCGUGGGGACGUUUUUGCAUAUGAUAAGCAACGGGAGAUACCUAGCCCGGUUGCACCGCGUGAUUCAUUCGGGAAAGGAGCACCGGGUCUCCUAUUGCGAGGAAAAAUCCCCCCUGCCCAUAUCGCAAAGGUAUGUUUCCGAAAAUUUGUGUUGCUGGUUUGAGACAACAAAUCACGUCGGUCUUGCAAGAAGCGAAGCGCAGGGGCUUCCGCCCCAUUAUGGAAGCGAUUUGGCAUGCUGUUGGGACUAGGGGACAGCCGUUUGCAAUGCUAAACAACUAGACGCACACCCAAUCGCCCCUUCUACGUAGGCUGAGGAUCUGGCUGCGAUGCCGUAUUGCAAGACAGCGCGCAUAUGUGUACGGAAAUCCAGCAUCAGAAAUCUCGUCUUGAUAUGGGGAGGGGAGAUUUUUCGUUCUGAUAUCUCCGUGCCCUUUUUCUACAACCCGUCGCUCGACGCGAAGGUGCCGCUGAAACUGAAGAAGGAUUUGAAGGAGCAGGCGUUUGGGGUCGGCGGUUCGAACACGGUGAAGGUUUUGCAGAAUCAGGACUUGUAUGCAUUGCAAAUAUGUCUGGGUCUGGAAAUCUGUGAUGCUGAGUUGAGCAUGAUUGAAGCGCUUGCAAUGGCAGCCAGGCAUGACAAGUUUUGGAGACGCCUACUGAUGCCUUACACGCAUCACAAAUUUCGUUUUUCCAUGACAAAGUAUUAAGCUCCUCUUUUGCUGCUCUUGCAACGCAGAUUUUCCGGGAAUGCAAGACACGCAUCACAAGUUCCACUGUUCCAGACCCAGACAUUUUUGCAUUUGAUAACUUGGAGUACGUGUACUACGGGGAACAUUUGGCCAGGUCGCUGGGGUAUGCGUUGUGAUCUACUGGAGCAGGUACUUAGCUAGCUCUUGUACGAAGAGUAAGUCGGUCUUUGACGGAGGAUUUCAUCUCAACUGAGAUCUAUCGUUUCAAUUUUCAAAAACGUGUCUGUGUGUUUCUGUGUUGUGGUAACAGAUGCAAGUAAAUUACGAGUACGACGUAGUGUGCAGCAUAGUAAGUAUCAAUUAAGCUAGGUUUCACUUCUUCCAUUCUCUGGAAUGGAGAUUGAUCCGUUAUCACGCUCGAUUUUGCUACUAGCCAUUCUUUCACUUCGGCGAGUAUUGAAAUUUAAGUAUGUAGCGGUAUUGUAGUUGAGCCUCGUAUAAUGCGACUUCUAUGUUGAAACUCAAACUGCAAAUGCAAUGGAUUUAGCUGCCAGGGGGCUGGCUCCUAAGCCGGCCUCUGCAGUAACUUCCAUUGAAGAUGCGCUCAUCUACUUGAGCACAUAAGUUCUUUACCGGUUCUUUUUAUCUAUCAACUUGACUGUCUCUCCGAGCGAGACGUUUUUUUCGACAAAAUUUUUCCGGCGUUUUUUUCAAGAAAUAAGUACCUCGCUAUAGACUACAACUUCUUUGUAUUCCGUUUCCCUUUGGCGCAGACGCAGUCGCAACGGUUUUUUUUUCUUUUCCAAAUCUAAAAACACUCUGGCGGUUAGGAUUUCCGAAAAAGUCGGACGGUAGUUAUGAUUAGAUUUACCGGCGCAAAAAAUUCAGGGUCUUUUAUCUGGCGCUAAAUUUGUUUCUCCGUUUUCGCAUAAGUAAGAACAACACAUGAUGUCAUGUAGUACCACGGAGCUGCAUCCGGUGGAAUUUCUUUCCUGAAAUAAAUACAAGAAGAAAAAAGCAGAGUGGAGGGAGAUGACACGCACUCCCGUUAGCCAAACUGGAGGACUCCUGAAGGUGUUCACCCUGCACUGCACCAGAUUGUUGCAGUUGAAUUAGUCGGAAAAGAAAAACGCGAUCCUGUCUCAAAACACCGUGACGAGGUGUCCUCUGAUAUUUAAGCAAUUCUGCUGGCAGUAAUAGUUGACGCCAACUUUCUCAGGUCCCACUUACCACACACUGUAC